AUGCUAUCUGUGUCCCUCUGGUUCCCGGAAGAGAUUUUCCUGCCUACUGCAGCCUUCCUGCUCAAUGAGAUUGGGAAGACAAGUAUUGUGGUGAACUAUCUGACGUCAGGGAAGGCUGCUGCAAGAGGGGAGCAGGUUGCCUCCUCGCAGCCCCUCCCGGCGCGGCCGCGGUCCCCGCACCGUCCCAAGUCGCCCGGGCUCCAGCCGCGUCCGUGCGCCGCCCCGCGGGGGUGCGGGGCCAGGGCCCUGCGGGGUGCGCAGGGAUCUACCAAGGCCAUGUCUGUUCCAUCGUCACUGAGCCAGUCGGCCAUUAACGCCAACAGCCACGGAGGCCCUGCACUGAGCCUGCCCCUGCCCUUGCACGCUGCCCACAACCAGCUGCUCAACGCCAAGCUGCAGGCCACAGCUGUGGGACCCAAGGACCUGCGCAGUGCCAUGGGGGAGGGUGGUGGGCCUGAGCCAGGCCCCGCCAAUGCCAAGUGGCUGAAGGAGGGCCAGAACCAGCUUCGUCGGGCCGCCACAGCCCAUCGUGACCAGAAUCGCAACGUGACCUUGACCUUGGCAGAAGAGGCCAGCCAGGAGCCCGAGAUGGCACCAUUGGGUCCCAAGGGCCUGAUACACCUGUACUCUGAGCUGGAGCUCUCAGCCCACAAUGCAGCCAACCGAGGGCUUCGAGGAUCUGGCCUAAUCAUCAGCACUCAAGAGCAGGGGCCAGAUGAGGGAGAGGAGAAGGCGGCAGGGGAGGCUGAGGAGGAUGAUGAGGAAGAAGAAGAUGAGGAGGAGGAGGAGGAGGACUUGUCUUCUCCCCAAGGGCUGCCCGAGCCCCUGGAAAGUGUGGAGGCCCCCCCAGGGCCCCAGGCCCUUACAGACGGCCCCCGGGAACACAGCAAGAGUGCCAGCCUUCUGUUUGGCAUGCGGAACAGUGCAGCCAGUGACGAGGACUCAAGCUGGGCUACCUUAUCCCAGGGCAGCCCCUCCUAUGGCUCCCCGGAGGACACAGGUACCUAA